AUGUACAAGAAGGCUAAACUUGUUGAAUGCUCAGCAUUUAGUGCUUUCAAUAAUCAUACAAAUUUAAAAUUCUCUAGUUAUCAUAGUCAAGGUUUGGAUAUUCAUUUUAUUCGUGUAACACAAAAAACUCGUAAAAAUGAAAAAAAAGAAGCUAUUUUAUUUUUACAUGGUUGGCCAGGUUCAUUUCUUGAAUAUCUUGAUGUUGCUCGUCGUCUUAAUUCAUCAUCAAAUACAAAUUAUGAUCUUAUUAUUCCAUCAUUACCUGGUUAUGGUUAUUCAGAUGCACCUGUACGUCCUGGUAUGAAUCCAACACAAAUAGCUCGUAUUAUGCAAAAUUUAAUGCAACGUCUGGGUCAUAGUUCAUAUAUUGUAUGUGGUGGUGAUUGGGGAGCUAUUAUUGGUACAAGUAUGGCACAAUUAUAUCCUGGUCAUGUUCGAGGACUUUAUGUAACAUUACUUGUAUCAUCUAUGACAUGGAAACAUUAUAUACAAUUAGCUCUUGGUCAUUAUAUCAGUCCAUCACUAUUACUUGAUAAUGAUGAACAAGAAUUUUUAAUUAACCGUUAUUCACCAUCUCAGUAUGCUAAAUAUUUAUGGCAAGAAAGUGGUUAUUUUCAUUUACAAGCAACAAAACCAGAUACAAUUGGCUAUGCACUUAAUGAUUCACCAAUAGGCUUAGCUGCGUAUAUAUUGGAAAAAUGGUCUCGUUGGAGUAAUAAUGAAACAGAUAUUGAUCAAUCAAUUAAUUCUGGUUUAGAUCGUUUUACACUUGAUCAACUUCUUUCAAAUGUUGUAUUAUAUUGGACAACAGGAACAAUAACGUCAUCAAUGCGUCUCUAUUUUGAAUAUUUUUCUCAAGCAUUAUCUGGUGACGAUGAUAAAAUUCUUAAUGGUCCAUUAGCUGCUUCAGUUCCUGUUGCUGUUAUUAAUUAUCGUAAUGAAUUAAUUUAUAUACCACGUGCAAUAGCACGAGCUAAAUAUCCAAAUAUUAAAUUAUGGUUAUAUCAUACGACUGGUGGACAUUUUGCUUCAAUAGAAAAAUCACAAGAAUAUGUUCGUGAUAUUGAAAAAUUUCUAUUACAAUUUUGA